CGCGAAUAUAGAGCGUAGCGUCAUCGGUCUGCGACCGCGCGAAUUAUGGCGAGUAAAAAGAAUUCACUUCUUUCUUCUCUAGCGGCUUAUGGGGAUGAUUCAGAGCCAGAUUCAGACCCAGACACCGAUGAUCAAGAUGCAUCAGACUCUCACAGUGGAUUGGUUUCGGCCAGUUACGGGGACGACGACAUAAGUCGUGUGGAGGAAGCAGAUGAGAAGGAGUCCGAGAACGAGGACAGUGAUGACAGCACCAAAAAUUCGGAAGACGAGGAUUCAGACUCAGGACGAACCCAGGACAAUGUUAAGGAUGUGCUGGAGGGGGAGAUUAAAGAUCCAAAUGAGCUUGUUGCACAGUUUUCAGAGAAGGUUCGAAACAUGUCUCCAGAUGAGAUCAGAAUUCCUCCCGAACCACCCGGGCGCUGCUCCAGUCAUCUGCAGGAAAAGAUUCAAAAACUUUACGAGCGGAAGCUUCACGGAGACUUCGAUACAAACAGCCAUAUUCAAAAGAAGAAAGAAUUUCGCAACCCGAGUAUUUAUGAGAAGCUUAUCCAGUUCUGUAGCAUUGAUGAGCUUGGAACCAAUUAUCCAAAAGACAUGUUUGACCCCCAUGGCUGGUCAGAGGAUUCAUACUAUGAGUCACUAGCCAAAGCUCAAAAAGUUGAGAUGGACAAGCUGGAAAAGGCCAAAAAGGAGCGAACCAAGAUUGAGUUUGUGACCAUCACCAAAAAAGGCACUACUACUAACGCAGCGGCCUUGACAACGAAUACAGCAACCACCUCAUCCACAGAUUCCCAGAAGAGGAAGAGCAAGUGGGACUCUGCAGUACCGGUGACCUUGGCACAACCUGCCCUCCUUACCACCACUGCCACCCUUCCUGGAGUCGUAUCGGUCACCACAACAGCUAGUGGCACCAAAACCACAGUCAUCUCUGCAGUGGGAACCAUCCUUAAGAAAGCUAAGCAAUAAGCACGGCCUUGACGAAAACAAACAAGGAUUUUCAGGUUGCUUGAUGGUGAUUGGCACAUGUAAACGUAUUAAGAGUGGCAACUGGAAUAGAUGGCGUAUAUCUCAUUUUCAAAAAAUGAGAUGAGAAGUGCUUCUUUGUUUUCGAUAUACGUCAUGACAGCAUAAUUAUAGCACAGAACCGGUCCGGCACCUGUGAUCAACUCAACUGUUUCACAUACAUUCAUCUUAUUAGUGUUAUUUGUUGUUCUUGCUCCGAUGUUUCCAGUCGAAUCCACAUAUGUUAGUUUAUCAUACAGGCUACAUUGGUGUUUUGCAUCAAAAAUGCAAUUAUCAGUUGUCAGUACUUCGUCUUUUUUUCUUUUAGCAUUCAUUCAUUGUUUGAUCGACAAUUCGGGUAGCUCUAAUACAGUUGUUUUUAUAUUUGUACAUAUUAGUGAAGGUUUGGGCCAGAUCUUAUCACAAGGAAAACCACAUGCACAACAGAAGUAUUCAUUACCCUAUUUAAGAUUAGCAGAUCAAUGGUCUGUUCAUUGUGUUAUUCAUGAUAAAACGAAAAAGUAAUUUUUACAAUUUAACAGAUAAUAAUUUCAUUUUAGCACUGCAAAUGGGUCUUUUUUUAAACAUGUAUAUAUUGAGGCGACUCUUGCUCAGCACCAUAAAAAUAAAAAUGUUUUAUAAUUAAAAACCUCUGUUAGA